GCUGUGGCGCGCAAAGCACUGUGGGGCACUGGCAACGUGGGGUGGGACGGAAGCCACCGAGGGUCAGAUCUUACCGACGCGGGAAGUCCAGACACCAGAACUGUCUGUAGGCCUGAGGCGGAGGAGGCUCGGGCUCCAGCGGAGGCCAUGGCGGAGAGGCCCGAGGACCUAAAUCUGCCCAACGCCGUCAUUACUAGGAUCAUUAAGGAAGCGCUCCCGGACGGCGUCAACAUCUCCAAGGAGGCCCGGAGCGCCAUCUCCCGCGCCGCCAGCGUCUUCGUUCUGUAUGCCACAUCCUGUGCGAACAACUUCGCAAUGAAAGGGAAGCGCAAGACUCUCAAUGCCAGCGAUGUGCUGUCAGCCAUGGAAGAGAUGGAGUUCCAGCGGUUCGUCACACCGUUGAAAGAAGCUCUAGAAGCAUACAGGCGGGAGCAAAAAGGCAAGAAGGAGGCUUCCGAGCAAAAGAAGAAGGACAAAGACAAAAAAACAGAUUCCGAGGAGCAGGACAAGAGCAGGGAGGAAGACGAUGAAGAUGAAGAACGAUUGGAUGAGGAAGAACAGAAUGAAGAGGAGGAAGUAGACAACUGAGUGGAGAGUGGGCAGACGGUGGCGCCAUGGAAGUGACCACCUACAGUGUCUUCAUGUGAAGCGUUUCCCUGCAAGGCAGAGCCAUCUUCGGCACAGGUGCCUGAGAUCAAAAUGAAAACUGACCGGAAAGAUCAAAAUCAGUUCUUCCGACACUCAGAGAACCUGAAUGACAGAAACCUGUUUUGCUGAAUCAGUCUGGAGGUUGUGACUUUUUAGUAUAAGGGAUUCUGAAUGACUAAAUAGUUUGAUAUUGUUUGUUUACUUAAGUAUGUGACUAGCUACUUUUUGAUCCCAUUUCCCUGCCCCUCCAAAAAAGUAGUAACUUCCAUGUUGCCUGCUGUGUUCUAGUUCACAGAGGAGAAAUGGGGCUUUGAGCAGUCACCCUGUUUGAUUGUACAGUGUUGGCAGUAGGUCAGAAUGGUUGCUCUUUAAGACAUGACUAAAAAGCUGUAGGAGAAUAAGGUAAUCUCAUCACUGGAGUGUAGCAUUACUUGUUAGUUUGUUGACUGGAGUUAAUUAGCUUGUAGCCCUUCUUUAUUGACUGUAGAUGUUCCGUCUGCGGUGGUGGCUGUACAUACAUUCUUAAAUUCUUAAUGUCGAUUGUAAUCUGUCAAAAAAAUGGUGCCAAUUCUUAAAAACAGAUGGCUCAAUCUUUGGCAGUAACUCAGUGCCUGCACUGUAAGAUUUAGUGCUACCCCCUGGAAGGCAUAACAUCCCAGGCUCUCUUCAUUAGCCCAUCUCCCUGACCUGCAGCUGCUACUUUUCAUUCCCUGAACUCUUGACAAGUUCCAGAAUUUAUUUCCUCUAGCUCUUUCCCCCUUACAUCUCUCUCCUGCCUCUGCUUCCCAGCCCCACUUUCUCUUCCUUUUACUUAUUUCAUCUUCCAGUCUAGGAACUUUAAUAACCUAUAUACUAUCCCAAAGUGCAAGUUCCUCAGAUUCCUUAGUCCUCCCUGAAAUGCCUCUGAAGCUCAAGGCAGAUGUAAUGGUGCUCGGGAAUCUAGCGCCAGAGCCACCACCGCUGUGGCUUUGGAAGUGUCUGCUGGCCUUUCCUUUCUCCCCAUUCAGUGCUCCACGCACUUUUUUGUCUUAGCUGAGCACUUGAGGUUGACAAGUAAUGUAAUAUAGCUGGAUACUGUGAGCUGGGUGAGUGGCUGUGGUGAAGACUAUUGAAAGUGACUGGGGACUGCUGAGACGAUUUUAAUGCUUUAUACAAAUAAAGAACAUUUUUGUUUAAAAUGAUGACUCAUACAAUGUGCUUUUGGAAAGGACCCAUCUAGAUUGAUCAAUCUCUCUCUCUCUCUCUCUCUCUCUCUCUCUCUCUCUCUCUCUCUCACACACACACACACACACACACACACACACACACACAAAAGCACAGAACCCUGUAUCUCUGGAUCACCAGCAGAUGAAUGAGCAUAACCACAGCCAACAUUUUCCAAGAGUAGCCUUGACUGCCCCAGCACUCACUCUGUAGACCAGACUGGCCUUGAACUCACAGGGAGAUUUGCCUCCAUGCUCCAGUGCCUCUGUGCCAGUGCUGGGAUUAAAGGCUUGAGCCACCACCACCUAGCCACCUAUCAAACAGCAUUUUCGUUACCUCUGUUAGGUCUUACCACAGCUCUAUAUCGUUCUUAAGUCAACUUUAUUUCACAAAGAACCCAAUGGUCAUUUGAUAUCCUUUCUUCAUUCCAUGUAUAAUACUUAGCAAAUAGAUCUUCCUAGAACAUAACUUUACUUUGUGAGAUCUACCAUCUAAUAACCACCAUAAGGCCAAUAGAAAUGGAAAGGACUCAGUUAACAGGGUACUUGCCUAGCAUGUUCAAACAAACAAAAAAAGUUCUUUAUGUUUUUAGUUCAUCCUGUCCAAUCCCUUAGCCAAACUUGUUAACUGUCUAAGAGAAACCUUUUCUAUCUGGAAGAAUCUUUGAAGUCAUCCAUCAGCUUUUCCUCAAUCCUGCCUACACCUCCCCAUAAUGGCAUCUGGAUUUUGAAGGUUUUCCAGCAGACCAAGGUAUGUUUCUCAUCUCUAAGCAGAGUAGCAUGGAUCUGGGCAGUGGAAGAGUUCUUGUUCUAAUUCAUUCAAAACUACUUUGAGGGUCUGAAGAGAUGGCUCAGCAGUGAUGCUCUUCUAGAGGACCAGGAUCCACAUGGCAGCUGAAAAUGUCUGUAGCUACAGUUCAAGGGAAUCCCAUGCCCCUUUCUGGCCUCCUGUCACUGCAGGCAGGUGGUGCUAGCCAUGCAGGCAGGCAAAACAUUCACACAUAAAAAUAAACACUUAAAAACAUC